UUUCAACAGAAAGGAGGGUAGUAUGGUAAUAACAAUUAAUUUUCCCUUUCGCAUGGCAAUCAUGAAUAUAAUUUUCAGGAGAGCAGUAACACAACAGUAAGUUAAGUAGUUACUCCACCGUGGUUCUUACCCUUAACGGUCGGGCGCUGCUCGAUUAUCGUUCAUCAGCUGAACAAAGAACUAACUCACUCGAUCACAAUUUGCAUAAGUGCAUCAACUUGAUUUGCGAGAUUAUUAGUCUAGAUUUGAUUUUUGUCAUUUGUAGGGAGCUCCCUUCGUCAUCAACAUGAGUUCAACGGGUUUCAUAAUAUCCUUCUUCCUUUCUAAAAAAAUAUCUCUGAUAACAACUUUUCUUUGUUGGAAUGCUGAAGAGCUGCACCUCCUGUGGCGCGCCUCGCAGGAGCAGGGGCUGCGGGCGCGCGCGGGGGGCGCGGGGACGGAGCUGCCGGCGCACGGGCUGCACCGCGAGGGUGGCGUGCUCGACCUCGGCUGCCCCCACGCAGACCUUAUCAUUAACGCAGCGUCUGAAUCCCGAGGCUUCAACUACCGUUACACUUGGCUUCUUCUCCACAACUCCACUUUUGACGUUGAUGUAAUGAACAGCAUUUUGUCCGACUCCGCUAUUCUGCCUGAUGCUGAAGUAACUUUUGCCUCCAUCGACAAGCUGGUAGAUGUCUACCGAGUGAAGGUCAACGAGCCUUUCGUGACAACCACUCUGGGGGUCACUAGAGACAGUAACCGACAAGAAUUCGAAGCGUUGUGGGGAAUUUUGAAAACAACUGUGACACGGAGGAAGAAUUUGAACAAUAUUUACUUGAAAGCUGCUACUACAAUAACUCAGCCACAGAAUUUUAAAGGAUGGGACGACUUGACCGUUAAACAUAUUGAUACUUUUCCAAAGUUGACCUACCCUCUUUUAUUGCUCUGCGCGGAGGAUUUAAAUUUUCGCCUGAAUCUGCGGCAAGUGGACUUGUACGGGGAACAGAUGAACGGUUCGUUCAAUGGGCUGGCGGGGCUGCUGCAGCGGAGCGCCGUGGAGCUGGGCGUCACGUCCAUGUUCAUGCGCCCCGACCGCCUGGGAAUACUGCAUUUCUGCUCGGAGACCGUCGAGCUCAGGGGCGCAUUUAUAUUCCGGCAGCCGCCGAAGUCGUCGGUGAGCAACGUGUUCCUGCUGCCGUUCAGCCGCGGCGUGUGGUGCGCGUGCGGCGGCGUGCUGGCGGCGGCGGGCGCGCUGCUGGCCGCGCUGGCCACGCCGCGCCGCCUGCUGCGCGCCGACCCCGCACUGGUGCAAAUCACGCCCGCCGAAGCAUUCACGUUUGCUAUUGGGACUAUAUGCCAGCAAGGUUUCCAUGUGAGCCCCCGCGUGGCGUCGGUGCGGCUGGUGAUGUUCUGUACGCUGCUGGCGUCGCUGUUCGCCUUCACGUCGUACUCGGCCAAGAUCGUGGCCAUCCUGCAGACGCCCAGCGACGCCAUCCGCACCAUCGACGACCUGUCCCGCUCGCCCAUGACGCUCGGCGUGCAGGAGACCACCUACAAGAGAGUCUACUUCGCUGAGAGCGAGGACCCGGCCACGCAGCGGCUGUACCGGCGCAAGCUGCUGCCGCUGGGCGAGCGCGCCUACCUCAGCGUGGUGGACGGCGUGGCGCGCCUGCGCUCCGGCCUCUUCGCCUUCCAGGUGGAGGAGAGCUCUGGCUACGACAUCAUCAGCAAGACGUUCACGGAGAGCGAGAAGUGCGGGCUCAAGCUCAUCCAGGCCUUCAAGCUGCCCAUGGUGGCCGUGCCCAUCCGCAAGCACUCGGGCUACCGGGAGCUCUUUGCAGUGAGGCUCCGCUGGCAGAGGGAGGUGGGGCUGAUAGAGCGCUCGCGGCGCAUCUGGCUGGCGGCGCGCGCGCGCUGCGACGCGGCCGGCGCCGGCUUCAUCAGCGUGCGCCUGUCCGACGUGCUGCCGGCGGUGCAGGUGCUGUUGUAUGGCACGCUGUUUGCCGUCGUUCUGCUGUUCAUUGAAAUCGCCGUCAAACGUUUUACUGAUAGGAUCAAACAUAAAUCUAAAGUAAAGGAUCUAAAGGACCUAUAAACAUUAUGAUCUUUAAUAUAACAUUUUAUUAAAAAUUGCUGGAAUUUUAUGAACAUGGAAGUAUUUACAAAAGGGGGAUUUAGACGGACGCCGUAUUUAUCUUCGCUGCAACAGACUAGGUGCGGAGUGCCGCACUUGGAACUCAGCACCUUAAAACAUAUAGAAAGUAAACAAUGAUAACGAUUACAUAUCGAUUCUCUAGAUAGCAACACUUGGAUUACUCGUAAGUAGUGGAAUUAGAAACCGAAUUAUCUCAAGUAGAUAAUCAUUAAACAACUUCUGA